GAUUCAAAACUCGAGGCGCCCCCGCCGCUGCUGAGGCAUUGAAAGCGGCAGUUGUCGAGUGAAGCCUGUGAGGAGUUUUAUGCAGCGUGUGUCUGUGGGGGACAUAAGAGCGCCGGAGGACUUCAGAGGCUUGGUCGAUUUCCCAGAACGCUGUAAGGAUUUUUUUCAGUAUGGAUGUGACAGGAAGCUUCUUCAACAAACUACGGACUUUAGCAGCCACUUUGGAGAAACAGGCUGAGCAGCUAAAGCAGGUUUUUCAAGGUGAUGGCACAGAAUUGGAAGAUGAUUCUCCAAUGAGAUAUUUACAUGAAUUACACUCUGAAGUCAGGACAUUAAAGGGAGAUGCUGAUAAAACUCUUUGUAUAAGUUCUUCAGAAAGAGGUAGUACUUAUGACUUCAUAAAGGCCAGUAAGGUUCUGAUGAAAAGGAAUGCAGCAAAUCUUGGAGAACUAAGAGAUAUGUUCCAGAAAUACGGUUACAAACCAGUUGUCAGUAAGAAUACAGCAACAAAGGAUGAAGCUGAAAUCAACCCUACAUCUGUCACAAUUGAUCACGAGAAGACAAAAGACUUUGUUUGUCCUGGAAAAUCAUCUGGACCUUAUAGUCCACAGCAAAUUCCCCAGCUUUCAGAUUUUGGGCUUUCAAAAUAUGCUCUCCCAAGUACUACAGGAACAAUGCAUAUUGAACCCCAAGGAGGUACACAAAAGGAAGAACCACGAGGGGAUGUUUCGGGAUGCUUAUCACCAAAGGGAGAAAACUUCCAUAUGCAUGGACGUGACCUGUGUUUGAAUGAUGAAACCACAAGCUUAAUGGAAGAUCAAACAAUCUUCCUGCUAAAUAAUGCAAAAAACAUCAGGCAAAAUAAUAAGUUGAGUGGAUCAAUGGUGAUUUCAGCAGCAAACAAGAAUCUGGAUACACCUAAGCAAACAAACAAGUUAUGUGAUAAUGAUUAUAUGGCUUCACCUGCAGCACCUGAGUUUUGCACACCUGGUGUGAAAAUUCCCCACAGGAAGAAAAUUGUUUUACCCAAAUCCUCAGAGGGUAAUCAUAUGGAUGCAUCUGAUCAUGUGACAGGAAAGUCUCUAACUGAAUCACUGAAUCUGACUGAAUCACAAGCUAUGAAAACAGGACAUAAAAAAACCACUGUAUCACCAAAUAAUUGUCUGGAAUGUAUUGAAGAAUCUUGCCCUCCAGCAAUAUCAGAUUACACCAACCUCAGCAGUACUCCACCACCACCUCCUGAAAUAACUGUGAUUCCAGACCAGAUUUUUCAGAUUCUAUCUAAGUACAAUCCAAAAGCAGGAGCAGCCAGGGCUGUGGAGAAGCAGGCAAAUGAAGGAAUUGCUACACGGACUGAAAGAGCACUUCUUCUUGACAUUGGGAACAAAGAAAAUCGGAAAUAUUAUGGAUGAAAUGAACACAAGAUCUCCCUGGUUUUUGUUGGGACUGCUAUACUGAAGAUUGUUUUUAAGAGCAAUGUAACUGAAUAGGUAGAGGGAACUACCAUAGAACAUAUCUUCAUUUGACUGCUAUUAGGGAUGUGCCAUUCACAUCCCUAAAUUCUGUGGCCUAGAUAAGCCUAGGUCUACCUAAGCUUCCUGUUGAGAAGGGAAGUUUCCAGGUGGCACGGGGGCAGCUUCCUUUCUGAACAGAAAGACUGGGCAUGGCUAAAACAUAAAGCUUUCAAGCUUUCUCUCAGGUGAGCCACAUUUACACUUCUAUCUCUUAGAACUCUCAGAACUAUAGGAUUUAUAAUGCAGAAAUUCCAAAUGGCACAUUGCCAACUUCUACAUCUUUCUAAAUGAUUUGAUAGCAGAUAAAAUGUUUUACUGAAUCUAUUAACACCAAAUGCUAAAAUUUAAUAAUGUGUCUAUUAUAAAUGGUUGCAGUGCUUCUAUACAGUCUGUAGCGUUAUACUGACAGAAGAUAAAGUGGCAUGCUUGUAGUUUGCUGCAUCAUCUGAAGUCAUUGUCAAUUGGUUUCCAAACUCUUGCAAAAAGUUACAAGUAGUAAUUAUAGUGUAAUUUUGAAAACAUCUACCAUAUAACAAAAGUUCUGUACAUUAUCAGCUAAAGGGAAAAUAAACUGUAUUGCUAGAAGCCUUGAAAGCAAUAUUUUUCUUACAAAGGAGCUGUGCAAACCUGUAUACUAGCAUUCAUCUUGUAUUAUCUUUGCCAAGGAUUUCUCUGCACCUUCAAGUAGAUUAUUUGCAAAAUGUUUAGAGCGGAUGGGAAGUAAUCUGGUUGCCGAAUCCUAACCUUUUUUACUCAGUGGCCCCUUCUUCUUGGGAAGUAAAUAGUUGAGUAUGUAAAUAACUUUGUUUUAAUGACAGCAUUGUGGAGCCGAAUAGAGUAGAUAUAAUAAGGUGGAUCUAUGGUUGAAAAGUCAACUAAUCUUUUUGCCUAAUUGAGAAAAAAUAGGAAAGUCAGGGAAAAAUAGGAUCAGCUCUGUUCCUUGUAAUCUACCACAUCCAGUUUGACACUGGUGUAUGCAUGUAUUCUUUUCCUGUAUGGUUGCAAUGGUGAUUCAGAAAUGGUGAACAGGUGGUGUCAUUGAGAGACACACAUCUGGUCCUGGGGCCCAAGUUCCUUAGUAUAUGGACUGAAAUAAUGUGGCAAUGCUGUUCGCUUCUUAAUACUUUAGAUUAUAAUGUGUAUAUCAAAUAUAGUAAAAUUCUUUAAAUGUUACAUCUGGAUGCAUACUGAAUAUGUAAUAUUUUGGAAAUUCAAACUGUUUUUAUGUAUUUAUGCAAGUAUGUUUUUAUGUAUGUAUGUAUAUUAUACACACAGGCACACACAUCUACACAUUCAUAUACCUACACAGACCUCAGUGUGAAUGAUAUUUAGAAAAGUUAUCAAAAACAAUGCUAGUUCAUCAAUAUUUGGACUAUAAUCCCUGGUGAAUAUAUUUUUAAAAAUUAAAGACUGUAAUAUUUUAAAAGAU